UUCAUUGCAACAAAAAUAAAAAACAAAAAAAAAACCUCUUUUUUUCUAUUUAUUUUUUCUAUCUUAUUUUUUGGUAUAUGCACCCGGUUCAUCCUUUGGGCUACAUCUGAAUCGAGACCAAGUUCAGGGUGAUUAGGUUUCAUUCUUCUCUUAAAGGUGUUGCGGAGAUUCAAACACCCGUCUUACCAAAACCAGUCCCAUCACCACUGGGCCAACUUGGUAUUUUUUCUACCUUAUUAACCAAACAAGAAACAGAAAAACAAACAAACCUUACUUCUGUAAAACUCUGACCAAUAUAUCUUCUCUCUCCUCAUCUUCCUCGUUCUUCUCAACCAAAAAAGAGGAGAGAGAAUCAUACAAAAAAGUAUACAAAAUCAGAAUCUCUGCAUGUUGUUAUACUAAUUAAUAUAAAAAAAAAAAAACUGAGUAAAUCUUUAAAGUGCAAUCCUUCUAAAAUCCUUAGUCUUACGUUUUCUCACGCCAACAGAUUUUGUUGUUCUAUAAAACCUCCCCUUUUAUCUCCUCAUUUCCACCAAACGUCCAAACACAUCUUAAGAAGAAAAAAAAAUGGCUACAAAGUAUCUGAUAGCAAUAGCUAUAUACAGAUUAAUAGUAACGGUGGGGCUAAUAACUGUUAGCCCCACUGAGUUACUCCACCUCAGUACGGAUCGUACUGAGGUGGAAUCGGCGUCCGUUGAUUUCGGACGCCUUACUCGGACGGAACCUAUAGCAGUGUUCCGUCCGAGAUCAGCUAUUGACGUUGCGGAUUUAGUUAAAUCCGCAACGUCAAUAGCAGGAUUUACUGUGUCUGCCCGUGGACAUGGACAUUCCAUUAACGGGCAGGCACAUACCUCAGAUGGGGUGGUGAUAGAGAUGGGAAGAAAAGGUAAUAAAAGCGGGCCGGGUGGGCCCGUAGUGAAUGAAAUUGAAGAGUAUGUAGAUGUAUGGGGAGGGGAAUUAUGGGUAGAUGUGUUAAAGUGUACGUUAGAGUAUGGACUCGCACCUAAAUCAUGGACUGAUUAUUUGUAUCUAACGGUGGGUGGUACGUUGUCUAAUGCUGGAAUUAGUGGACAAGCUUUUAAUCAUGGUCCUCAAAUUAGUAACGUUUUUGAGCUUGAUGUUGUUACAGGAAAUGGAGAGCUUGUGACUUGUUCUGAGAAGAAAAAUUCGGAGUUGUUUCAUGCUGUGUUGGGAGGUUUAGGCCAAUUUGGUAUUAUUACUCGUGCUAGGAUUGCCCUUGAACCUUCUCCUCAACGGGUGAGGUGGAUAAGAGUGUUGUACUCCAAUUUCACGGCGUUUACGAAUGAUCAAGAGUACUUAAUAUCGUUGCAUGACAGACCAAGUAGCCAAAAAUUUGAUUAUGUGGAAGGUUUUGUUAUAGUUGAUGAAGGGUUAAUCAAUAAUUGGAGAUCUUCAUUUUUCUCUCCAAGUAACCCUGUCAAGAUUUCCUCCUUAGGCGCCUCUAACAAUGGGGAUGUCUUAUAUUGCUUGGAGAUCACCAAGAACUACUUCGAUUCCUCCGAAUCUGUUGACGAGGAAAUUGAGGCAUUAUUGAAAAAGCUUGACUUUAUACCAGCUUCAGUAUUCACAACUGAUCUUCCUUAUAUGGAUUUCCUGGACCGGGUUCACAAGGCCGAGUUAAAGCUCCGGUCUAAGGGUUUGUGGGAGGUUCCACACCCUUGGUUAAACCUCUUUGUUCCUAAAUCAAGUAUUGCUGAAUUUGACAAAGGGGUCUUCAAGGGCAUUUUGGGAAACAAAACUAGCGGACCCAUUCUCAUUUAUCCUAUGAACAAACGCAAGUGGGAUAAUUCGACUUCAGUCGUUACACCGAACGAGGAGGUGUUUUACUUAGUAGCCUUGCUAAGAACUGCGCUUGAAAACGGUGAAGAAACGCAAACACUAGAGUAUUUAACUUCUCAGAAUCGCAAGAUUUUGAACUUCUGUAAGCAGGCAAAGAUUGGUGUUAAGCAAUACCUGCCUCACUAUACCACACAACAAGAGUGGAUUGACCAUUUUGGCGAUAAAUGGGACCGUUUUUACAAGAUGAAGAUGCAAUUCGAUCCUAAGCGUAUAUUAGCCACUGGACAACGUAUUUUCGGGCCCGUCGUUGAUGUCAAUAAUGUUGCUUUAAGAUGACUAUUACCCAAUAUUUAGUCAGAUUAGUAUUGAUCAAGUAUGACAUAGAUUGACUUGAAUAUAUAGCUUGUACAAAGAAUUAGGGAUUAAUCAAAUAGAAAUUUAACAAAGUAUUUUAGUGAAAUAUUACUAUUCUCAAAUUUUUGAUUGUGAAGUUGGGCAAGGAGGACUUGGUUACUAUGGUCAUGUCAUGUGCACCAUAUAGUAGAUUGUAGGAACUUGUAAACUUGCAGUAAAAUGAUCAAUUGAUGGAUCACCAUCAUAUUCAUUGUCUUUAUGUUUAUGAGACUAAAUUUCAGAUAGCUUUUUGAAUGUA